CCUCGCCUAUAAUCAUUAGAGGCACAAGAUCUUGGAAGCUCAUCAAAAUCUAUUGCUGAUAACUGUGCAGUAGAUCAAGAAGUUGUUGACCACAUAGAAGAACGUACAAAAAAGAGAACAAGAGGUCCAACUAAAAUGAAGUCUAUUGCAACUGAUAGUGAUUGUCGUUUGGAAGUGAAGUUUAAUUCCAAAGGACAACCAAUUGGUACAACAUCGGUAAAAUUGUCUUCUUUUUUAGGAGCACUUGUGAGAGAAAUUGUGCCAAUAACAAUAACUGAUUGGAGGAAGAUCACUCCAGGAAUGAAAGAAUUUUUAUGGAAAUCUAUUCAGGCAAGAUAUAAGGUUGACAAAGAAUGGCAAAAGUACUAUGUCUUUAGAACAAUGGUAGAUCUUUGGAGAGCUUCGAAAUCAAUAUUGGUUUCUAAACUUAGGAAGGCACCCAAUAAAGAAGCAAGAAUGAACCUGAAACCUGAUAACAUCAACUCAGAAACUGAGUGGAAAAGUUAUGUUAGAGAAAAAAACUAGUACUAAGU